AUGUCGGCAUUGGCUACAUCCUUGGGAGUUCUUGCUUAUAUCUUCACUCUUAUUGCAACGCUUGGAUGCCAUUUUGUGAAAAUCGAUACGACUGCCAAUGUAUCCGAACUUUCGGGACUCCGAACCGAUGCGUCAGUGGGUGUUGGGCUCUUCUCGUACGAUAGGACCUAUUCCUUUUCCGUGACGACUUGUGAUGACUACACGUCUGACCAAAUCGACUCAUUUGAUGGACCCUUUCGCGCCGCUCGCUUUUUUGGCUACCUCUCCAAUACAUUCAACGGGGUUGCCACGCUCAUGCUAGUCGUGAUGAGCUGCGUCAACUUUGGAAAAAUAGUAGUCAAAGCCGUAGGCGUGUUGCUCUUGCUCGGAUCCCUUUUUACGAUGCUCACGUUUAACCUGUUUGCAUCGGAGGUCUGUGACCUGAACUGCGAGUUUGGACGAGGUGCUGGGUAUGCGAUUGGCAGCUCCCUCACAGCCUUACUGACGGCUGUGAUUGUCUUUUACGUUCCAUCAAUCGAAAAAGCUCUGGAGCUGCCUGAGACGCCUCCUGUUGCAGGCUUGGUACAUCCUACUUCAGCACCAUCAACAGCUAACUCUGUCUCCGAGUCGUUCCUGUCCGAAGGUGUAAAGAAAGUGACAAAAACCACAAUUCACCCAGAUGGAUCCACGACAGUCGAAGAAACUGUUGUCCGUAUCGAAGAUGCCUAG